AUGGAGGAAGACCGAAUGAGCCAACUCCCUGAUGACAUUCUUCUUCUCAUCCUCGAUAAAAUCGACACAUCUCAAGCCGUUAAAACCAGCAUUCUCUCCACGAGAUGGAAGAAUCUGCGGUAUCUCCUCCCUAGCCUCCGCCUCCGCUUCAGCCUCUCCGGCCGCUGCUUACACUUUAAAGAGUUGAGACCUAAACUACUCUCUCUCUACCAACGUGUCUCCCAAUAUCUCUCUCACCGCGACGCCACAGCCACCAUCCACGACUUCCACCUCUCAUUCGACUUAUACCUCUCAUUCGACUUAUGCGACAGGGAAUACAUGGAGGAAUGCGUGUUCUACGCCAUCAAUCACGGCGUUCAAUCCCUCCGCCUCAACUGCCACACCUACCGCGGACUCAGGCUUCCGGCAGCUUUUCUCACCUGCGAGACACUGCGGGAGCUCGAGCUCGGGCAGUUAUGCCGCCCGGUUGAAGUACCUGGACGCUUAUCUUUACCAAAUUUGAAAUCCUUUCAUCUCGAAACUCCUUUGGUCUUCUAUGAUGAUGACAUCAGCAUGGAGCCCUUUUCCGGCCUCCCCGAGCUCGAGAAGCUUACUCUCAUCAAGUAUUCGUGGGAUGGCCUUGUUAUAAAGGCUCCAAAGCUUAGAGUUCUUGAAAUUAUCGAUUUUUAUAAAGUGAAAGAGAUUUCUGCUCCGUUGCUUACCUCGUUUAGAUACGAGUCUGCUAUGGCUUGGGAGUGUACAAAGGUGAAUCUCCCAAAGUUGGAACAAGUGUGUUUAGACAUUCAAGGGAGAAAAUACUGUUACAAUGUAAAUCAUACCAACUUUCGUAGUAUGCUUCGCCAAUUACGGAAUGCAACCUCAGUUUCAUUAAGUUUGGACCUGCAUUAUACAGAUUCUCCAGAGGAAAGUUGGAUCUUUAAAGCAAACUCAGCAAAGUUGGAUCUUUAA